GAUGACACCGGUAGGCUUGAAACUCUCUGCACCACCCUCUCCUAUACAUGCACCUGCCAUCUCCAUUGCCGACUCCUCCAAGAUCACACCCAAGCUCCUCCUCCUCCAAGAACUCCAAGAACUCGAGCUCGAACAAUGGGGCAAGAAGCCGCCGCCGUGGUGGAGCUGGGAGUGAAGCGAGGGGAGCCGUCGCUGGUGGCGCCGGCGGCGGAGACCAAGGCUGGGCUCUACUACCUCUCCAACCUCGACCAGAACAUCGCCGUCAUCGUGCAGACCGUCUACUGCUUCGCCGGCGGCGCCGCCGACGCCGCCGGCGAUGCCCUGCGGGAGUCGCUGUCCAGGGUUCUGGUGCACUACUACCCUCUCGCCGGCCGCCUGGCGCUCAGCCGCGAGGGGAAGCUGAUCGUGGACUGCACCGGCGAGGGCGCCGUGUUCGUCGACGCCGUCGCCGACUGCGCCAUGGCGGACGUCGGCGACAUCACCCGGCCGGACCCCGGCGUGCUCGGCGAGCUCGUGUACAGCGUCCCCGGCGCCAAGAACGUCCUCGAGAUGCCUCUCCUUGCCGCCCAGGUGACCAAGUUCAAGUGCGGCGGGUUCGUGCUGGGGCUUGCCAUCAACCACUGCAUGUUCGACGGCGUCGGCGCCAUGCAGUUCGUCAACUCCUGGGGCGAGACGGCGAGGGGCGUGUCGCUCUCCGUCCCGCCGGCGCUCGACCGCGCCGUGCUCCGCGCGCGCGACCCGCCGCAGGUGGCGUUCCCGCACCACGAGUUCGCGCAGAUCGACGACGGCGACGGCCGCGCGCCGGCGCAGGACGGCGCCGAGCCGCUCCUGCACAGGUCGUUCCGGUUCACGCCCGCAUCCGUCGCCCGCGUCAAGGCGCUCGCCGCGGCCGGCGGCAGCGUCGGCGGCGGCGGGCGCGCGUGCACGACGUUCGAGGCGCUCGCCGGGUUCGUGUGGAGCGCGCGCACGGCGGCGCUGGGGAUGGGGCCCGGGCGGCAGAGCAAGCUCCUGUUCGCCGUGGACGGGCGGCCGCGGUUCACGCCGCCGCUCCCCGCGGGGUACUUCGGCAACGCCAUCGUGCUGACCAGCGCGGCGUGCGCGGCCGGGGAGCUGUCGCUGCCCCGCGCCGUGCGCCUGGUGCGCGGCGCCGCGGAGGCCGUCACGGACGCGUACAUGCGGUCGGCGGUGGACUACUUCGAGGCGACGCGGGCGCGGCCGUCGCUGGCGUCCACGCUGCUGAUCACGGCGUGGUCGCGGCUGCCGUUCCGCGCCGCCGACUUCGGCUGGGGCCCGCCCGCGGCGUACGGCCCCGCCGCGCUGCCGGAGAGGGAGGUGGCGCUGUUCCUCUCGUGCGCCGAGGAGGGCGGCGGCGUGCGCGUGCUGCUCGGGCUGCCGGCGCGGGCCAUGGCCGAGUUCGAGCGGCUCGUGGAGGAGGUGAUCGCCUCCUGAUCAAUCCACCGUGGUCAAACCCUUAUCAAAGCGAGCGUUAUCGUUGACUUAUUUAUACGUCAUGGCUCUUAAUUAAUUACUAAUAAUUUAUUGAGCAUCAAGAAAGUCAGUGGAAGUGUCAAGCCACUUUGCUGCAGCUGAUGAUGCCUCUACAUUCUGCAACAAGUUUGAAGAUGUCAUUUUGAAUGAGAAUUGUUGUGUGAGGAGUAACCAAAUGAGCACUUGCCAUUGUUUUCUCACGAAUUUUGAAGUCAUGAAAUAGCACUAAUUAUAGUGACCAGUCAACCCUAGACUUA